AUGAGGACGGAUCUCUGGACCGUAGCACUGCUACUCUUCUCCUCCACUCCCUCAUUUGCGCAUCCGCAAUACAUUCCCUCUGCAGAAUUGAUCACACGCGAUGCAAACGCACAGCCUGUAGUCGAAGCCGAGGAAUUCACAUACUAUUCGCGCGAGGAGAAACGGGGUGGCGAUUUAUUCAAACGUAAGGGUGGAGGAGGCGGUGGCGGUAAGGGAGGAGGUGGAAGUUCGAGCGGUGGCAGUAGUAGUAGUGGAAGUAGUGGAAGCAGUGGAAGCAGUUCUUCAAGUUCUGGUUCUUCGUCCGGGAAAGGAGGUGUCACAUCCUCUUCCUCUUCGUCGGGUGGUGCUACGAAAGCUGGCUCGGGUCCCGCUCCUGCUUAUGGAGCUCGUUCACCUCUCGGAAUCGCCCCUGUCUUCCUCGGUUUGGGUGCCCUAUCCAUCUUCCCCGGUCUCUGGCUCUACGGUGCCUACAGCUAUCCAUACCACAACCCCUAUUCCUUCCGCAACCACUCCGCUACCCGCAACGGCACCAAUACUACAUCUGCCUCUAUCGAAACCCGUCAAGAUUCAGACACCACGGGUGUCAACGAGACAAAACCAGUCACAUGUCUCUGUGCUGCAUACAGCGAAUGCGGAUGCGACGACAGUGGAAACUCGACAUUCCUGGAUCAGAUAAUCGGAGAUGGAAGCUACGCGGCGUUGAACAAGUCGCUGGUUAAUGUCGCGGAGGUUAAUGGUACAUCGACGAUUCUCAUCAAUGGUACGUUGCCUAAUGGAACGACUGCGAGUGGCGGGUCGGAUUCAGCGGCUGGGAGGACGAUAGUAGAGGGUUUGGGAUGGUGGGUUAUGGUUGCGACGGUUUUCGCUACUUGUUUUGCUAUUUGA